CGCAACAUCCUGACUGGCCGAGGCUGGUGAUCGCAGGCAGCGGCAGCGGCAAGCCCCCACAAGACGGAUGAAUUAGAAAACCUGCUGUAACCACCGCCACCCCCUUUUCUUUUAUUCAUUCUUCUUAUACUGAAGAGUCGGGCUGUAAACACUGCUGCCCUCACCUUGACAGGGUGAAGCGGAUACAAGGCUUCCAGUGCACAGAGUCACCAUGGGGAUCAAGGCUGCCCUCCCCAGAUAUGAGCUGUAUCUCUACACAGCUGUACUCGGCGGGGCCUUGAUAUGGGCAGGCAGUUGGAUAUUUGAAGCUUCAAGUGACAAUGUAAACAGAAAGGCCUUCAAAGAAAGUGUGAAACCAGGAUGGCAUUACUUUGGGCGGAAAAUGGAUGUUGCGGACUUCGAAUGGAUAAUGUGGUUCACUACAUUCCGCAAUCAUAUCCUUUUUGCUCUCACUGGUCACGUUAUCUUUGCCAAGAUAUUCACCCUGCUAGCGCCAAAGCACAGAUCCUUGAUCUUUGCUGUGUACGGUGGUUUGGCAGUCCUAAUCACGAUGGGCUGGACCUUCAUGGCUCUGGUUCUGUCUCACUGCAUCAUACUCUACAGCGUCGCCCUGGUCAAGAUGAAAUGGUUGUGCUUUGUGGCCGGCCUUACCACGCUGGCCUCCAUCAAGCUGGAGCCCUAUAACUCCUGGCAGGAAGCCUUGGUGACCGGCUCUUUUGACUUGCAAGACAUCCUGUUCUAUGGAGGCUGCGGCUUCAGCAUCAUUCGCGGUAUGAGCUUCGCUUUAGAGAACUGUGAGAAGAAGGACGGCAACUACACAUUCUCUGACCUGCUGAGAUACAACUUCUACCUCCCCUUCUUCUUCUUUGGACCCAUCAUGACUUUCGACAGGUUUCACGUCCAGGUGAACAACACCCAGCUGACCCGUAAAGACAGGGAGAUGUGGAACAUAACCACUAAGGCCUUGUUGCAUCUGGGAGUUAUUCUCAUGGUGGACGUCAUCUUCCACUACCUCUACAUCUUGACGAUCCCCAGUGACAUGAGGCUGGUCACCAAGCUUUCUGACUGGUGUCUGGCUGGUCUGGCUUAUUUCAACCUGGUGUACGACUGGGUGAAAGCAGCCAUGAUGUUUGGUGUCAUCAACACUGUGUCUACACUGGACCACUUGGACCCGCCUCAGCCUCCCAAAUGUAUCACCAUGCUCUACGUCUUCGCUGAGACGCACUUUGACAGAGGCAUCAAUGACUGGCUGUGCAAGUAUGUUUAUGACUAUAUUGGUGGGAAUCACGAUAAAAUCUUCAAGGAGCUCCUGGCAACCUUCUGUACCUUCUCCAUCACCACCCUGUGGCUUGGCCCGUGUGAGCUGGUUUACAUCUGGUCCUUUUUCAACUGCUUUGGUCUCAACUUUGAGCUGUGGGUGGCCAAGUUCUUCUCCAUUCCACCAUUUUCUACCAUAGAGGGUGCAAUGGGUGAAGCCAUGUCACGUAGGAUCCGGGGUGUGUUCAACGCUGCCAACUUCUGGGCCAUUGUCCUCUACAAUGUUCUCUCCCUGAACAGUUUGGAGUUUGCCAAACUGGUGGGAAGACGACUAAUUUUCAAAGGUUUCCCUCUGUCCACCCUCUCAGUGUUAUUUGUGACCUACUGUGGCGUGCAGCUGGUGAAGGAACGGGAGAGACAAAAGGCCCUGCUGGACGACCCCGAGCCGGUGAAGCCGGUGGAUGACGUCAAAGAGAAAGCAGACUAAACUGACAGAAAAAGAGAAUCGGACUGUCACAGACUUCACGGUCAGCAGCCCCCUCACGUUGUUCCGUCCUUGGCCUUGAGAACUGAACCUAACCAGACUGUAACAGCCAGUCAGCACCUGUAUUGUUCACAAGCCUGUGUUUUUUUUUGUUUUUUGUUUUGCUUUUGUUUUGUCAGAAGCGAGGCAAUGUUUUGAACUGUGAAAUAUCCUCAAGUGCACUUGCUGUAGAUAAUCGCCAUGUCCUUUGGCACAAACCCACCAAUGGUGCAUUUUGUAUUUGUAUUUUACAAGAACAAGACAAGAUUGUAUAGGAAAUGAAUGAAUGAAGCUACACCUAAUACAGUAUUGUAAAGGAACAACUACUUCACUCUGUGUGGUUGUGUCCUGUGUUUAUUUUUGAUUUUUAGUUGGAUGGUGUCUUAAUUUUUCUUUAGAUUAAUCAUCACAUGUUUAACCACACUGAAGUCAAAAGACUUGAAAUCAGGGUGCCAUGUACGGAGUGCAAUGAUGAAAAUAAACAAAGGGUGCUGUGGAGGGUUUCCACAUAGCUUGCAGCUGAUUGUGAUGUAUAUUGUUCUACUGUCACUAAGCAAAAACACAGGAGUCUAUUUUAAAGUUGAUGGUGAAUGUAUGGGAAAUUGAAUGUAGCUCAACCGUCCGGAGAACGACAGCUUUACUGCAGAUUACUGUAGGUGUGACAUUUCAGCAUAUCUGUCCUCCACUCUCUUUUACAUGAUCUAGGCCCCGCUGCUCGCCAUGAAAGGCGAUACGCCCAGAAGGGAAUAUGGGUCACUCUUAUCCCGCCUGUCAACAAAACCUGCUGCCUGUCUGUCUGUCUUCAGUGCAGCAGGCAGGGAGGAAAUGUUUCUCACUGCAGGGUUUUUACUCAGAAGUGUUCGUUUCAAACGUUUGAAUUGAAAUAAAGUUUUUGUUUCAUUCAAAACUG